AUUCAUUUUGCUGCAACACGGGGGUCUGCGACCAUGGUUCGAAUGUUACUGGAAACCGGCGCAGCCGUGGAUGCUCGAACUGCUGUUGGGCAGACCGCGUUGCAAUGUGCGAGUCAAAAUGGAUGUCUCGAUGUGGUCCAACUACUUUUGCAAAGCGGUGCAGACAUCGAUGCUCAAGACGAAAAGGGACGGACGGCUUUGCAAGGAGCAGCCGCACAUGGGCACGAGGCGAUUGUGAGUGCACUUCUGGAUGCCCACGCAAAUACGUCUCUCAAAGACCGCGACGGAAGAACAGCACUU